GACAAACCCUCGUGGCUUAGUCUCUCUUCCUCUUCAUCAUUCUCCGCCCUCUUCCCUUUCAACUUUGUAUCCGGUCAACCUUACGCCAACUAGUGUCUACUCGUGCCGGAGCUUUACUGCGCCCGACGAGAGAUUUCACCCCAGCUUCGGCCUUGUCCAUGCUUCAUAUGGUAAGAAUGAGCCUGAUUCUCAUGGAAGUGGCUCCUCCCAUGCUUCGCCAAUCGUCACUCUAUUGCAGAAAUGGCAGUCGAAACGACCAGUGGAGUCCCUGCUUCGUGAAGAGAUCAUUCUCAGUUUCCUCUUCAGCUAUUAAAUCCUGCUCUGUUCUGAAGAAGACAAAAGGAGAAGAAGUGCGUGUCCGUUUUGCACCAUCUCCUACCGGAAACCUCCACGUUGGAGGAGCAAGAACUGCCCUUUUCAAUUAUCUAUUUGCCAGGUCAAUAAGAGAGCACCAUAUAUUCGGAAAUGGCUAAUUCAGUGUAAAUUGUAAUUGAGCUAUUGUGACAGGUCCAAGGGUGGAAAGUUUAUCCUCCGAAUUGAAGAUACUGACUUGGAAAGAUCUACAAAAGAAUCUGAGGAAGCCGUGCUUUCUGAUCUUUCUUGGCUUGGUCUUAAGUGGGAUGAAGGUCCUGGCAUUGGUGGAAACUAUGGACCAUAUAGGCAGUCUGAGAGGAAUGCACUUUACAAGGAGUAUGCCGAAAAACUUUUACAAUCUGGCCAUGUUUAUCGUUGUUUCUGCUCCAAUGAGUUAUAUGCUUAAAUGUAGUAGGAACUGGAGAAAAUGAAGGAGAAUGCAAAAUUGAAGCAGCUGCCUCCAGUAUAUACAGGAAAGUGGGCAAGAGCCACAGAGGAGGAAGUGCAAGAGGAGAUGAAAAAGGGGACCCCUUAUACAUAUCGGUUUCGAGUACCUAGUAAAGGGAGGCUGAAAAUUGAUGACCUUAUCCGUGGUAAGUUGGAAUCUGGACACUCUUGGGGAUUUUGUUAUCAUGAGAAGUAAUGGACAACCCGUUUACAAUUUUUGUGUCACUGUUGAUGAUGCUACCAUGGCUAUUUCACACGUCAUAAGAGCAGAAGAACAUUUACCCAACACACUAAGACAAGCUUUAAUAUAUAAGUCCCUUGGGUUUCCAAUGCCUUCCUUUGCACAUGUUUCUUUGAUUCUUGCCCCUGAUAGAAGCAAACUCUCAAAACGACAUGGUGCAACUUCAGUGGGUCAGUUCAAGGAGAUGGGUUAUUUACCUCAGGCUAUGGUGAAUUACCUUGCAUUGUUGGGAUGGGGUGAUGGCACUGAAAACGAAUUUUAUACCCUUGAGCAACUAGUUGAAAAAUUUACAAUUGAACGAGUAAAUAAAGGUGGUGCCAUUUUUGACUCAACAAAAUUAAGGUGGAUGAAUGGUCAACAUUUGAGAUCUCUACCAUCAGAAGAGUUAAUAAAAGUCAUUGGUAGCCGCUGGAAGGAUACUGGCAUUCUUACAGAAUCAGGGGGAACUUUUAUACAAGAGGCUGUCAUGCUUUUGAAAGAUGGAAUCGACUUGAUAAACGAUUCAGAGAAAGUUCUUUCGAACUUACUAUGUUAUCCUUUUUAUGAAACCUUGAUGAGUCCUGAAGGAAAAUCAAUUUUGGAUGAUGGGCUUCAUGAAGUCGCCGAUAGCUUGCUAGCUGCCUAUUCUAGUGGUGAGCUCUUCACUGCACUUGAUGAAGGUCAACCUGGGUGGCAAAAGUGGGUAAAGAGCUUCGGUAAAGCACUGAAGCGGAAGGGAAAAUCUCUGUUCAUGCCCCUCAGGGUACUACUAACAGGAAAGCUUCAUGGGCCUGAUAUGGGAUCUAGUAUUGUUUUGCUCUACAAAGCUGGAAAUUCGGGUGCUGUUGCAUCUCAAGUUGGGUUUAUAUCAUUGGAUGAAAGAUUUAAAGUGAUCAGAGAAGUUGAUUGGGAAUCCUUCAGCAAAGAUCCCCCUAUCCAUGAGCCUGCUGACGCAGGUGGGGCCUAGGGCUUAAAGCCCUCGAGGCAAUACCCUAAUGGCAUAAAGCUACAUGCCUGCAAAUAACAGUCUUUUAAUUAUUCUAAUAGUCAGUGCUUUCUUUCUCAAUUAGAAUAGUACCUUGCAAUCUUUAAGGAGAGCAUUCCGGUCCAAGUAGCUAAAUUCUAAAUUCUGGGGUUGGGAUGAAUUCGGUUCUAGACAGGUAGAAAUAGAAUCAAGCACCUGUUUUUUCGGUUCCAGACCAAAGUUGGUAUCCUGAACUGGUCCAAGCUGGUUUCGGUUCCUCUAAAGGAUCUGACAGGUUCCAGUUCAUUUUUUUUUUGAAAAAUACAAGAAAAAAAACAGACCGGAACAGGUUUACCUGAUUAAGGUUCCGGUUCCCCUCUUUAGUCUUUCCCUUACCUGGAACCAGAACUGGUCUGCGUGCAUGCCUGGUCCACAGCUUGGUAAACAUUGAAGUUCGACUCUUUUUCUGACAUUCAAAUUAUUAGUCCUCCCAGCUUGCACUUUUGUUGUGGCAUUGGCUUCAAUAAUCUUAGUGAUAAAUUAUGGCAAAGAAUUUGUGGCUUCAAUAAUCUUAGUGAUAUCCCAAAAAGAACUUCCCUUACCUUUUUUGGCAAAGAAUUUGUGGUUCACAACAAUUCUUACACAUUGUUACGCAUUUUUCUAUCAUUUGCAUAACUCUUCACCACACAAUUUCAACUUUCUUAAUGCGUGUGCCAUUUGUACUAUGGAAGUAAAUUAUGGGAUGGAAGGAGUAUUAGUUAAUGACUUCCACAACCGAUGGGCUACUGUCAUGUACCAACUUGGUCCCACUCAAUAAAGCUAGGUAUCAAAAUAAUUAAGAACGAAGUUAUUUAAAAAUAAUCUAAGUUCAUCCCAUCAAUAUUAAAAUAUUAAAAAUUAAAAAAGUUAUUUUUGUAAAAAUAAAAAACUUUAAAAAAAAGACAAUCUUUAUUAAAAAAUAUAAAAAAAUUAUGCAGGCUUUUCCUGCAGCCUCGGUCAUCACCCAACAAUGUCACCUCCAAUCGGCGAAAAAAUAUCAUUUUAUAUAAAAAUUGUCAUUUUUCU